AAUUACAAGGAAACACGACGAUAUUGUAUUACACAAGCCUGCACGCAUAUCAAAAAUAUUUAAUGAGCAACUUUUAUCCGUCAAUUUUCCGAGGGUGCAUCUUUCAGAGCCAGUCAGUCUUUACACAGAUAUUAAAUGAUAUACAUUGUGCUGUCAUCGAAAGACAUAUUGAGCGACAGAGUAGCUUCCUUUUAUCUCGAUUUGAUUUUGUUACAUGUUUUCUAAUGCACUUAAAGCGAACACAAAGAGAAAUAUAAAACUAUGACUCGUAAAAGUACAAUUAGCCCUGUAAUUAUGUUUAUGCUACCUUGGUUCGGUGUGUGGCCAGGAAGAUCAAUCAUUUUAAUUAACAGACUGUUUUGGAUAGUUACAUUAGCAUUCACCGGAUUCUGUCAUUACUUAUAUGUCUCAACGCAUUUAAGUUCCGAGAAUUUUUUCAACUUGGUGGAUUGCUUAUGCAGCUUUCUGGCGCAAGUCAAAGUAUUGAUUAAACUCGUUAUGUUUUGGAUAAAUCAGCAAAAAUUAAUGGAAAUUUUGGCGGUAAUCGUGAAUGACUGGAAGGAUUGCGCUAAUAGUGAUGUAAGUUUGCGCGUGAUGAUACGUAAAGCAAAGUUAUCGGAUCGUAUCACUAACACAAUACUUAUUCUUCAUGUGGCAACUAUCAUUGCAUAUUCCAUGGGAGUCGUUCUCGAAGAUGCAGAUGCUACCGAUCAAACGAUUGAAUUGCCUUACGUCAACACGUUGCAACUUCCUUUCAACGUUAGCACCCAGCGCACAUAUAGACUUGUAUUACUGACAGAAAUUGUGCACCUAAUCUUCCUUAAUACGGUAGCCGGUUUUGCAAACGCCAUGCUUUUGACAUUGAUCUUACAUGUAGGAGGCCAAAUGGAAAUCUUAGAAAGUAGGAUUUCGCAGUUUAUAUUCAAAGAGAUUGAAAAUAAGAAAGAAUCAAUCACCGGGACAAUCAAAAUUAUUCAAAAGCAUCAAAAAAUUAUCCAAUUUUCAGAAAAUAUCGAAAUUAUAUAUACGCACAUCGCUCUGUGUGUAUUUGCUUCAAAUAUGGCCAUGAUAUGUUCGAUAGGUUUUCUCAUCGUAAUCGCAAUUGACACUUCCAAUGUAAUGGAACUUGUAAGAUGUCUUUUAUUUCUCGUAAUUACAAAUCUAGAAGCGUAUAUAUUUUGCUAUGCUGGAGAAUAUUUAAGCAAUAAGAGCAAAGCUAUCGGAUUUGCAAUGUAUAAUUGCCCGUGGUAUAAUUUGAAGCCUAAACAUAGUCGUAUAUUGUUAUUUGUCAUAUUAAGAUCGCAGAAACAGUUGAUACUCACAGCUGGCAAGAUGAUGGAGCUUUCCUUAGUAUCCUUUGCAAGCAUCAUGAAUGCUUCGGGAUCCUACUUGUCAGUGUUGCUAGCAAUGCAAUGAAUAUCGUAUUCACUUCGUCGUACUUGUAAUAAAACAAAUGUAAUAUGAUUAUUCUUAGGUAAAAAAAAUACACUUUCCAAAAU